GAUGUUCUUCCUAUGAUAGUGACUCAUAUUUUAUUAGCGUGCCCUUGGCUUUUGAGAUGUGUAUCAUAUUGAAAAGGACAAUACAUAUAAAUUUAUGUUCAAUAAUGCACAAAUUGUGUUAAAGUCUAUGAGUGCAAAACUACUAGAACAGCUAAGGAAAAAACAAAAGGUCAGGCCUAAGGAUGCUACUGAAACUCCAAAACAAAGAGCUAUAGUGCCACUAAAGGGAGUUGGAGAGCUGGAGCAAGAUGAGAAUAAGUUUGAUCAUGGGAAAGUUGAUGCCAAGGAAGAUAAUGGUGUUCUUGCAAUGGAGAUCACAAAGGAGCAAGGCGAGCAUAAAAUUGAUCAUGUAAAAAUCAAGAUGAAGAAAGAUGUUGAUGUUACUACCAGAGAUCAAUUCAAGAAGGAUUUCAAGUUGAAUAAUCCUUUGGUUGUUGAUUUAAUCAUUCCAAACGAAUUUAAUGAUACAAGGGGAAAUAAAGAUUUUUCAUUCUUGAUGCUUCCAAAGGUGAUUGAAGAAUUGGUGCAAGUUUCAAGUUUGAAGGUUCUUAUACUUAAAACACUUUAAACCCAAGGUCAAGUUUCUUCCAACUAGAGGAGUAUGAUGGAGUCAGGGAAGAUUAAUAUGCUAUUACUUUGCAAAUUUACCUGUACAAGAAUUAUUUUAUUGGGUCCUUGUGUGAAGUCCAAUCGAAGUGAAAGACAUUAUAUUGAGGGGCAAAUCUAUAAUUUCUUCAAUUCCUUCGAAUUAAGGGUAUUUUGGUAAUUAGUUGAGUCUAGAAUCUUCUAAGGUAUUCUAAGUACCUUAGGUUUAAUUACUUUGGGUCCAAGUUAGUAUUUAUUAGGGUUUCUUAGUAGUCCUAAUACUAGUAGGAAUCCUAUACUAACUACUAGCAAGAGUCUCAAUGUAUUCAAAAAAAAGAGAAUGAGUUGAUUAAUAAAAUUGAGUGUUUUGAGCAAUAGGCACAUUGGCCUUUGUUGUUUCUUUCUCCUUCUCUUUUUUUCUCUUUUUCUCUUAUUUUUUUUUAGGUUACUAUUCACGGGUACUGUUCACACAGCCCCUAAACAGCCCUAACUUCUCUCUAAUUCUUCAUCUUUCCUAACCUUAAACACACCACAACAAAACAUAGAUUUGUCUACAUCAGCAACAGUUAAAUACAUCAGACGGCACAAUUGACUCCAAAGUUAGACCACCUGAUGUGAAGACGGUUUCCUUCAGGCAAUACAUGCAUGGACAUCUUUGCUAGCACAAUCGCCUAAAACUCUUAGCCUGCACUUUGAAUCUCUUUGUUGAAUUAAUUCUUGUGCAUUAUAUGCAGUAAGCAUGAGCACUAUACUAUUCCAAAACCAAUGCUAAAUAAAACAUUCAAUGGCACAUACAUUCAAGAUUUAUCAGUAACAGGAACUGCUGUCUCACCAAAAAAGAAAGCAUAAAUGCAGGAUACCCAAAAGACAGAUUUAUUAGGUUAUUUCAUGUAAUGUAAUUUAGAAAGGCAGUCAGAAAAUAAAAACUAUAUGUUGAUAUUUUAAUAUCAUUUCUUUUUCAUCAUAAUUUUCGUUUGUUAUGGAUUUGUGUCUGCUAACAGCCUUAACGUGAGUGUGCUCUGUGAAUGCCUGUGCAGCAGAAUGACACUUACCAAUGCUUUUUUUUUUUUUUUUUUUUUUUUUUUUUUUUUU